AUGUCACAUAGUGACCCAAGUAUGCUUAUGAAGAUCUCAUAUUCAGUUAUAGUUGUAUUGUUGCUCUAUGUUGACGAUAUUAUUCUCACAGGUUCAAACUCUCAAAUUUCUUAUAAGUCUAAUGGUGAUAUCUUUAUUAGUCAACAAAAGUAUGCUAAAGACCUUUUAGUCAAGGCUGGAAUGGAAUCAUAUGUCCUUACUAAAGGGCUUCAUAGUCCAAUAUUUGUUAAACGUUGUACCAAUCUUAGAUUAGGCAGCCUAACUGAGAUUGAGGAGGGGUGUUUACCCAAUGGUUAG